GCGAGCGCGGCGCCGGGAGCCUUCCUCCUCCUUCUCCUCCUCCUCCUCCUCUGCCGGUGCUGCCGGGGCUGUAACGGGCCCCUCUGCCCCCUGUUCCUCAGCCCCAUGGCCGGGAGCACUGAGAUGGCAUCCCUGGAAGAAAGCUUCCGUAAAUUCGCCAUCUACGGCGACACCAAGGCGACGGGGCAAGAGAUGAACGGGAAGAACUGGGCCAAGCUGUGCAAAGACUGCAAAGUCACCGAUGGCAAAAGUGUCACCAGCACCGACGUGGACAUUGUCUUCUCCAAGGUGAAAGGGAAGACAGCUCGAGUCAUCAACUAUGAGGAGUUCAAGAAGGCUCUGGAGGAGCUGGCCCCCAAGAGGUUCAAGGACAAGAGCAAAGAGGAGGCUUACGAGGCCAUCUGCCAGCUGGUGGCAGGGAAGGAGCCCAUUAACGUGGGCGUCACGAAAGCCAAGACGGUGGGAGCUGUGGAGAGGCUGACGGACACCUCCAAGUACACGGGGUCCCACAAGGAACGAUUCGACGAGAGCGGGAAGGGGAAAGGCAAGAGCGGGCGGGAGAACAUUGUGGACACCAGCGGCUACGUCAGUGCCUACAAGAACGCGGGCACCUAUGAUGCCAAAGUCAAAAAGUAGGGAGGGGGCCCGCGGCACCCACCGCCCCGGUUCCUGCUCUGGGCUGCGGGGCCGGCGCUGGCGUUAGCCCGGGGAUGUCCCUGCCUGAGGCGGGGCCCGGGGGGCUGCACUGGGGCCAGCCCCGGGCAGCUGGGAUGUCAGCCGCCGAGUGCUGAUGCCUUUGGGAAACUUGCCGGGCCCUGUGCUCUUCCCAGUGCUCUGUGUGUCCGUCCCCGUGUGCCACCACCCCCCAGCCCUUCCUGUCCCCCCACAGCCCUCCCCAGCCCCCGCCGUACUAACAGCACUGCUCCUCAGGGCUCCCUUGCUCUGCCGGCACCCGGACCUUCCCUACCUCAGCCUUUCGGGGCACCCUCCCUGACGGUCCUCUUGGGGACCGCAACCCCUUGUCCCCGCCACCUGCCAGGGCCCUGCCCCAGCCCCGCACCACCCACACCGCACCCGCUGCCUUUCCCCGCCGCCGGUGCCUGCUCCGCGCCCUCACCGCUCGCCCUUAGCGCCGCUGCUGCCGGGAUGCUCCUGGGCAGCCUGGCCCCGGGGAUGCAUCCCGGGAGCGCUCGGUAUUCUCCGGCCCUUGGUUUGGCCCUGGAGCCCCAGGGCCUCCCCCCGCCUUCGGGAAGCCCCAACCAAAGGAUGCUGCAGACCCGCGCUGGACCCCGGCUCUGCAAUAAAACCCCCUCG